AUGACUACACUAGCCAACUUGACACAGACACUGGAGGAUGUCUUCAAGAAGAUCUUUAUUACUUAUAUGGACAACUGGAGGAGGAACACGACGGCAGAGGAACAGGCGCUCCAGGCCAAAGUCGAUGCCGAGAACUUCUACUAUGUCAUCCUGUACCUCAUGGUGAUGAUAGGCAUGUUCUCCUUCAUCGUGGUGGCCAUCCUGGUGAGCACAGUGAAGUCCAAGCGGCGGGAGCACUCCCAGGACCCGUACCACCAGUACAUCGUGGAGGACUGGCAGGAGAAGUACAAGAAUCAGAUCCUGCAUCUGGAAGAAUCCAAGGCCACCAUCCAUGAGAACGCGGGGGUGACAGGGUUCCCAGUGUCACCCUGAUAAAGAAUGGGGGUCCACCCAGCUAGGAAGGGGCACUUCUGCCACCCCACAGCCCCACUUGUCCUUACUCAGAAGAAAGCCAGUUCCU